UCUUUUCUUUUUUUUCUUUUUCCUUUCCAAGGAUUCAUCAAUUCUUGAUUUCUUUAAGGAAUCAUGUGGAGACUUGAGAGAGAUUGGUAUUCUCCGACUCGCCUCGCCGACAUCUCCGUCGAUUACGAUUUUCCGGUCAGCCAUCUCUACUGUUAUAACUCUGCUUUGUUUAUCUUCACCAUUUUCUAAUGAGAUUUUUGGGUUUUCUUUUCCAAUAUUAAAGGGUGAUCGUUUCAUACCCAACAGGAGUUUGAUGAAUCACGAUUAUUCCCUCACUAUGUUAACAAACCCUGAAACUCCAAACACCCAUUUAAGUGUUCGUUUCAAUCUCCCUCUUUCUUGAUCAGUUUUUUCAUUCAUGGGUAAUUUCUUGACUGUGUUUUUCCUUUGAUUAAUACCGGCAGGAAGCUUAUAGACAAAAACUUGAAAAAACCAUGAUGCAUGAUUCUGAAGGAAGACCCUUCAAGAUGUUAGUUUACAGAGGAAGUCAGAAAACAAGAAAAACAGGACAAGAUAAUUAUAAUAACAAAUAUAUGUUUGAUGAAUUACCUGUCAACUACAAGCAAAACAGAACUCUACCUAAGUCUGCGUCUCGAAUAUUACAGGCGCCUGAAUUGAGAGACGAUUUUUAUCUAAAUGUGUUGGAUUGGGGAAGAAUCAAUAACCUUCUUGCUGUAGGAUUAGGAUCGGAUUUAUACAUUUGGAAUGCUGGGAAUAAACAUGUGUUCAAAUUGCUUCGAACGGAACAAGAACAUGAUUAUGUUUCAAGUUUAGCUUGGUCUCAUGAUGAUGCUAAGAUGUUGGCAGUAGGAUACGAUUGGCCAGAGAUUCAGCUCUGGGAUUGCGAAAGGCUAAUGCCUGUUAGGAGCUUAGGACCAACUCAUAAUGAAAGGGUAACCACACUUGCAUGGAAUGGACAUAUCUUGACAUCAGGAAGCAAAGACAAGUUCAUCAUUAACUACGACAUGAGGAUGAAGAACAGUAUAGUAAGUCAUUUUGAAGGACACAAAGCAGCAGUAUGCGGCCUGGACUGGUCAAACAGAUGUAAUAAAUUAGCUAGUGGAGGCAACGACAACAAAGUCUACAUAUGGGAUUUAUCAAAAAUGACCUCAUCAUCAUCAACAUCAACAUCAUCCCUCCCUCGACGUAACAACUACUUGCACAGGUUACGCGAUCACCAUGCUUGUGUCAAGGCUCUGGCUUGGUCCCCACACGACGAUGAAAUUCUAGCCUCAGGCGGAGGUACAGAGGAUUCCUCCAUCAAGACAUGGAACACAACAAAAGGAACAUGCAUUACCACCAUCAAUACAGAAGCACAGGUUUCGGGAUUGGAAUGGAGUAAGCAUCAUAAUGAGAUAUUAAGUAGUCAUGGGUAUAGUCAGAAUGGGCAUUCUAACCAUCUUUCAUUAUGGAACUAUCCAUCCAUGUUCAAAGUAGGAGAGCUAAAUGGACAUAAAUCCAGAAUACUUCAUCUUACUCAGAGCCCAGAUGGGUCAACAGUGGCAUCAGCAUCUGCAGAUCAGACACUUCGGUUUUGGGAGAUAUUUGGACCUCCAAGGCCAGACAAUGGUAGAGUUUCAGAACUUCAUAAUAUAUUAUCUUUCAAGGUAUCCCCACUAAGGUAGAUGAUGAUGAUCAUAGAUAGAUAUGGAUGCAUUUUAAUGUGAAUAUUUCAUAUAAUAAUGGGACUGAUUAAUAUUUUUU